AUGGAUGGAGGCGGGUGGUAGGUAGCCAGAGAAAUGGAACACAAAUCCCCGCCCUUAUCAACCUCGUUAACACAACCACCACUCCACUCAACUUCCUUUUCUUAUUUAAGUUCUCUCUAUUUCUUUUCCAUCUAAAUUCUGCAAGGUUCUUGCACUCUAUCUUUCUGCAGAGAAUUGUUCAGCUUAUCAAUCAAUUAAAUGGCCCGAGAAGUUGUUAACCAAGAUGAGCCCGUUGUUCUUGGAGAAGAAAUACAGAACGUCAGGCUGAUUACCCUGAACCGACCUCGUCAAUUGAAUGUCAUUUCAUCACCAGUGGUGUCUCUACUGGCAAAAUACUUGGAGAAAUGGGAAGAAGAUGACAACGCAAAGCUUAUCUUAAUCAAGGGAGCCGGCCGAGCUUUUUCUGCUGGUGGGGAUUUGAAAAUGUUCUAUGAUGGCAGGACAUCAAAGGAUUCCUGCCUAGAAGUGGUCUAUAGGAUGUAUUGGCUUUGUCAUCACAUUCAUUCCUAUAAGAAAACCCAGGUGUCUCUUGUUCAUGGAAUUUCAAUGGGUGGAGGUGCUUCUUUAAUGAUUCCAAUGAAAUUCUCAGUUGUCACUGAAAAAACUGUGUUUUCCACACCAGAAGCAAGUAUUGGGUUUCAUACUGAUUGUGGUUUCUCAUUCAUACAUUCUCGUCUUCCUGGGCGUUUAGGGGAAUUCUUGGCCUUAACUGGGGCUCGGCUAAAUGGUAAGGAAUUGGUAGCAGCUGGACUAGCAACCCAUUUUGUGCCUUCUGAGAAAAUGGCUGAGCUAGAGAAGCGUUUGAUAAGCUUAAACACAGGCGAUGAGAAUGUUGUCAAAUCUGCCAUUGAAGAGUUCUCUGAGGAAGUUCAACUUGAUGAAGGGAGCGUUUUAAACAAGAAGUUGGUAAUUGAUGAGUGCUUCUCAAAGGAUUCAGUGAGUGAGAUUAUAAAAUCAUUUGAAGCACAGGCAGGCAAAGAAGGAAAUGGGUGGAUAAGUCCAGUGCUAAAGGGAUUGAAGAGGUCAUCACCAACUGGAUUGACAAUAACACUGAGAUCGGUGCGAGAAGGCAGGAAGCAAACAUUGGCGGAAUGUCUGAAGAAGGAAUUUAGACUGACAAUUAACAUACUUCGAACCACUAUAUCUGGAGAUGUCUAUGAGGGUAUUAGAGCUCUUACAAUUGACAAGGAUAAUGCUCCGAAGUGGGAUCCACCAACACUGGACCAAGUUGAUAAUGGGAAGGUAGACCUGGUUUUCUUGCCAUUUGAAGAGGAUUUAGAGCUUCAAAUUCCAGACAAGGAUGAACUCAGGUGGAAUGGAAAAUACGAAAAUUCCGUGUAUGCAAGCUUUGACGUGGCAGAUGAAGUGAAAUAGAGAGUGGAAUUGGUCGUCAGCUUGAGAUGAAAACUAGAAUCAAUCAAUCAUAUAAUUCUAGGUGAUCCGAUCAACCGUUGCGUUAUCAUUUUCAAAUGAAAGUGUUAAAGUAUUGUAUUAUAGGGCUUGCAAAUUUAAUGGCAAUAAGGGAUUUCACCA